AGGGGCAUCGUAAACAAGCGGACCGAGAGGAGUCUGUGACAGCUGCACUUUGGUGUGUCAAAUCAGGCUUCAGGAUGGUUUCUUCGUACCCUUUACCGGAGGGCUUCUCCGAGUUUGAUGUGUUUUCCCUCGGAUCUUGUCUGCUUGUGGAGGGUCUGCUGGGCUUCUUUCUAAAUGCGGUCACAAUGCUUGCUUUCCUCAAAGUGAGAGAACUGAGGACUCCCAGCAAUUUCCUAGUAUUCAGUUUAGCGAUGGCUGAUAUUGGCAUCUCCAUGAACGCCACGAUCGCCGCUUUCUCCAGCUUUCUGAGGUAUUGGCCUUAUGGCUCUGAUGGAUGCCAGACUCAUGGUUUCCAGGGCUUCAUGACAGCUCUUGCCAGCAUCCACUUUGUUGCUGCCGUCGCCUGGGACAGAUAUCACCAGUACUGUACCAGGACAAAGCUGCAGUGGAGCAGUGCCAUCACUCUGGCUGUGUUUGUGUGGCUUUUCACUGCCUUCUGGUCCGCCAUGCCCCUCAUUGGCUGGGGAGAGUACGACUAUGAGCCCCUCAGGACUUGCUGCACACUGGACUACAGCAAGGGAGACAGAAACUACGUGUCCUACUUGAUUCCAAUGAGCAUCUUCAACAUGGGCAUCCAGGUGUUUGUCGUCAUGUCUUCUUACCAGUCCAUUGCACAGAAAUUCAAGAAGACAGGAAACCCCAGAUUCAACCCCAACACUCCUCUGAAGACUAUGCUGUUCUGCUGGGGGCCCUAUGGGAUCCUGGCUUUCUAUGCUGCUGUGGAGAAUGCAAACCUCGUCUCACCUAAGCUCAGAAUGAUCGCGCCUAUCCUGGCUAAGACUGCUCCCACCUUCAAUGCCCUCCUGUACGCACUGGGAAAUGAGAACUACAGAGGAGGCAUUUGGCAGUUAAUCACCGGGGAAAAGAUUGAUGUGCCUCAAAUUGAGAACAAGUCCAAAUAAACUGAGCAUACAAUAAUUACAUGCAUACUGUCCUUGUGGUUUCUCGCAGGUACAUAGAUGUUUGUGAGUGUCUGUGCAUGUGGUGUGUCUUGAGCAGCCGUAGCCAUUGCACCUGUUCUGGAUCUGCUCCCCGUUGUGUCUGCAGUUGUAUUUCUAAAAUGAUUGUCACAUUACAAAACAAACAUAUGAAAUAACGUGUACCUCCUAAUGGACUUUGGGAGAGUAGCAUUAGUUUAUUAUGCUGUUUAAUAUACAGUUCCAUACAGAACAGCAGAAACUUUGGGCUUGGCUACUUCUGUAACCACAUAAAUUUCUCUGUCUCUCAAUUCAAAUGUGAUUUGUUUUAAUUUUGAGUUCAUCUUAAGAAUUAAUCAUAUCCAUGUGUUCAUGUUAAUCCAGUUAGUUUCAAUGCAAACACACCUGCAGAGCAAGUGAUGCACAGAGCUUAAAACCAUAUUAUGCAAAUUAUAGCAAAUAUGACUAUUUAUUUUUUUAAGGACUCUGCUACAGCAGCCUGGGAUAUUUUAAUCAUUUUCACUUUGCUUAUAGUGCAAAUCUCCUUGCAGACAGCAAUCAGAACAUUUUCUCCUCACUAGUUGCCUAUUUUGCCAUCUGGUUGAAGAUGAAAGGCUCUUAAAUAGAUUAAUUCAGCUAAAAAAAGAGACAUCACAGUCUGACAUUCAAAAGGCGUUUCUUAAUCCUUAUGGCGCCUGUUAAUGAAAUAUGAAAGUGCAUUCAGGCCACUGAUAUUCCAUCAUGUGUUGCAGGGUUGUGAGUGAUCUCUCUCACCAGGAUAGAAGUGCAUUAAUCCUUUAAACAAGAGGACCAUUCUUGAAUUCACAGUCCCCACAACAGUCUCUGCCUGUAGAUCGACUGAACAUGCUUCUCUCCUCCACGCCAGCAUCCAAACUUUGCUAUAACAAUACAAUAUCACCAAGAACUCUGAAUAAAUCAGUGUUAUUUACUGAGGCGAAUUCAUGUCUGGUCCAGAGUGCUCUAUGAAUAUAGGUUCAAGGAACAUUUCACUUCAUCCAUUUGACUUCUGCAUAUCAUGAAAUGUAUUUUUACUUUGAUGUUUAUGUAAAAUACACUAUUGUUUAAGCACAACAUUGAACAAUACACAGUAACAUAGUGGUUAUUAUAAAAUGACUAUUUUUUAAGUAGGUUUCAAAGACCACAUUCCACAUUUUUAUGGUUUUCUUUUACCAAAUGUUGAUACUUCAGAAUUUAAUAUAAAAGCUGUUUUAAAAAGGAUAUGUUUUUAAAGAUGAGGGCUACUUUAACAAAUCAUUUUUCUGUUUUAUGUUACAACAUAAAAUACAUUUGUGGUCAGAAAUCAUUCACACUCAUCAUGGACAUGAAUGUCAUGGUCAUUCUGAGCUUUUUAUGAUUUCUUUGAACUGUUCAUUUUCCCGGAUGGAGUCAUUGGAGUCAGAAAACAAGAAUUUGGUGCCCAAGUUUCAAUGUACUUUUAUUUUUCUCCAAUCUGCAUACAUACACCCCCACUAAUAGUUGGUCCUUUAGCAAGUUGCACCUCAACCAGAUGCUUUUAGCAGCCAUAAACAAGCUUCUGCAUAAUUGUGGUUGAAUAUUUGAUCACUCUUCUUGGCAGAAUUGGUAGAGUUCAUUUUAAUUAGCUGGGUUCCUGGCACAGAUGUGCCAGAAGUUUAUUGUUAGCCUAAUUUAUCAAUUCCAAAGUUACUUUUGAUGUGUAUUUGUGACUGUGGCAAAAUAGCUCAAUCUUUGUCUCGUCUGACCAUACAAUUAAACUUUUCUCCUGAAGUCAUUUGACGUAUUAAUUGGGCAGAUCCAAAUUUUAGUCAAGAUUGAAGGUGUUGAGUUUGGAGCAAGGGCUUUAUUCUUGUUGGUACCCUCAGUCUUGUGUUGUUUCUGAGCAUCAUUAUCAGAUUGCUCUCAUCUGAGGGUGACAGUUUGGGUCUUUUUCCAGUACUUGGCAAAGUGGUGCCAAAUUCAAAUAACUUAUACUUAUGUACAACUGAUUAAAUCGAUUACUGUGGACUGGCAGUUGUUUAGAAAUGUCUCCAAGAGACUUUCCUGGGAAAAUGCAAUGAA